AUGACGGUCCCACAGCCCCAGGUGCAUCACCCAGGCCUUGAUGCCACAUUCCAAGGGGUUCAGAAAAUGUCAGAUGGUAUAUCUGUGAAUCAAUAUCGAGGAAUCAAGUAUGCUCGAAUUCCGGGACGGUUUGAGCGCGCGAUUCCGGUGGAUGGUUUCGAUGCGAAAGUAGUAGACGCAACAAAAUUUGGCCCGAGAUGUCCGCAAGUAGACGUGGAUGUGCGCCACUUACUGCGCAUUCCCGAAGACGUCGAAAUCCCCAAGGAGCCAGAGGAUGAGUUUGAAUGUCUAAACCUGGAAAUCACCUGUCCGCCUGCCGGGUUGACGAGCCAUUCGCUUCCUGUCAUGCUUUGGAUUCACGGUGGUUCACAAGUAGUGACAUAUUGCUCUGCUGCUUCCGGGAUCUGCGACCCAACCAAACUCGUCGCAGACUCCAUAAAGGCAGGAAAUCCCUUCGUCUUCGUCUCUAUCAACUAUAGAGUCAACAUCUUCAGCUUCGGCGACGGCAAGGAGAAGAACCUCGCACUGAAAGAUCAGCGGCUGGGAAUUGACUGGGUGCGCAAACAUGUCGCGGCGUUUGGAGGUGACCCAAGCAACAUCACACUAGCAGGCGAAAGUGCCGGAGCUGUCUACGUACACGCGCAUCUAAUUACCGGUGUCUCUGUGAAAAGAGCCGUUCUUGCCUCCGGGUCCUUGUACCUGUCCUCGCCGUUACCGGUUGAGCGAGGAGAUGCAAUGAUUAGGACUUUAGAAGAGACUGUGAAAGGCCUGGGAGAGACAUCCCUGAGGGAAGCCUCCGUUUCAAACAUUAUACAGGCCUUACAAAAGUGCAAUGUCAAUACGAUGUGGAUCCAGGAAGAUCGUGAACUCGAAGAUUGGCCGAACAAACCGGAGCAGGUCGAGGAGGUCAUGAUCGGGGAUACAGAAUAUGAGUCCGUGAUCUGGAGAAACGGCAUCGAGACGCUCGACGGGCCAACUAUCGCUACGGCGUUCGAGCAGGACCCUAAAUGGGGCCCGCAGCUGCGCAAAUUGUACAACGUCGUUGCAGAUCGCCCGACAGCUUGUAAGCUGGGUGCCUUGGAUUUAGUAAACGAUGUGCGAUACGCACUCCCAGUGGAAGUGGUCUCGGAGAAGCUGCAAGCCGCUGGCAAACGCGUCUACAAAUACGUGAUCGAUCAGCCGAAUCCGUGGCAGGCAUCCAGCCGCUCUCAUCAUGCGGUCGAUCUUCUUUUCUUGUUCGCAGGGGUGGAUCUAUCGUUCAACCCUGCCGCGGAGAAUGUUGGUCAAGAAAUGAGAAAUCGUUGGAUAUCGUUUGUGAAUGGAAGCGCUCCGUGGUCCCUGCAGCGUAGAUAUUCGUUUGGACCUUUCGGGGAGUGUCAAGAAAUCGACGAGAGGCAAGUGGCCAACAGGAGACGACUGGAGCAUGUCCGGGUACUGAAAGAAGCUGGAAUGGGAGUAUACAUACCCAUCAUAUUCGCCUUGACGACAGGGAAGAUCAGCUUAUUAAAUUAG